AUGCGCUCUCAGCAUCACAAUUUGGUGGAAUUUGAAGCUCGAGCCGGUAGAAAUGGUUCUGAUGAAGGAAUUUAUCAAGUAGCGCAGAUGUACAUGGUUAGGAAGAUGCAGCAACAGAACACGACCAGUACUGAAGGGGUUGAAAUAUUGGAGAACAAAUCCUUUGAAGAUGAUGUACUUGGAAAGGGUCACUACUCUUCCAAAAUUUACCGUCUACAAAGCAAAGCUCCUACUUGGCUCACCACUUUUGCACCAGCAGAUGCUCUCAUCAUGCAAGAGGAAGCCUGGAACGCAUACCCAAGAUGCAAAACAGUAAUCAAGUGCCCAUACUUUACCAAGUUUCAGCUGACCAUUGAAACAGUUCACAGGGCUGACAAUGGGCAGUCAGAUAAUGUGCAUGGUCUAAGCAAAGGACAACUAGCAACCAGGGAUGUGGAAAUUGUUGAUAUUGCUUCAUCUGCAAGGGAUUACUGGAGUUACGUCGUUAGCAUAGCAACACAGACUUAUCCAAAUUUACGUCAGCGAAAACUGGCCGUGGUCCACUUUUAG